CUAUGGGGACAGUGUUGAGGGCAGCAGAGGAAGACGGGUGCAGUGGAGGGCGGUACGGCGGUGCACAGAAAUAGUGCGGAGCUGGUGUGAUCUGAGCAAUGAGACGUGGGAUCUGGAGCACGGAUACUAUGGCAGGGUUCGUGCUGUGAGCCAGAGAGCGUCCUCCAAAUGGGCUCUGACAGGGAGUAGAUUCGAUCCAAAGACGGACACUACUUUUGGCCCUCCACUGGUUUCUGUGGAAGUAGAGGACAACAACGCUGUCAUCACUAUGAAGGGACCAAUGAGACAUCAGCCUAACAACCACACCCCAGCGGUGUCCAUGGCAACACUCUACCCCCAGAUGACUUACAACCUCUCCAUCUACAACACCGAUCAAGGCCAGACGGUGAGUAUAUAUAUAUAUAUGCCUGGAUCGACAUUAGUUUACAUGUGCAGCCACCAUUUACCCGUGGUCUCCAGUUACAAAUAUCGCCUAAUGGACUACAAUACGAAGUAUUGCUUCUCUGCCAAGACCAGUUUCGUGUCCAUGCCAGCCGUGUGCCAGUCCUCAGAAUGGCACUGCAUAACAACGCCUCAAGACCCUGUGAUUGACCAGCUGCGGUGGAUGGUUGUGGUUGUAGUUCCAACUGUGUGCAUCUCUGUGCUGGUGGUGGCUGGCUACCUUCUCUAUCGCUACGUGUCGGGAAAAGAACAGAAGAGCCCAUAUUUUCUGAACCCGCCUGCUUUUCAUCCGCCACCUUUGACGCUCCCACCUGAGAGACCCAACAUCAUCCUCAUCACCGUCCUC